AUGUCGGAGCGACAGACGUACGCGGUGGUGGUGAACGAGGACGUCGAUGGACAGGGGGUGGAUGAGAUUCUCGCGCUGUUGCGUCGAUUCAACGUCGAGACGCGCGCGCGCGAGGACGCGUCGCCGUUCGUGGAGUGUCACGUCGGGCGAAUGGAGAAGCGCGUGAGCGGGACGCAUAGUUGGUGGGACGUCGGACGAGCGAUGGAGUGGAGGGUGAAGAAGAACGCGGAGGUUGUGUUCGCGACGCAGACGUCGAAUCGGGACGCGGGUGCCGCGUUCUUGCACCACGCGGGCUUGAAAUGGAUCGCCGCGCAGGAUCUGGGAAGCGUCGAGCGCGUCAACGGCAUCGUGCGGGACGUCAAGGCUGUUCAAAUCGAUUCGUCUGCAAAUGAGUCCGCCAACGUUCCGCACCGAAGAGACGAGUGUCCCGCGCGCGACUUGUUCGAUGAAAACGCCGUGCAAGAAGUUUUCAAACGAAUCAAAAAUUGUCGCGGGCAUUGGCGCGACGACGGACGCGGCCAACAACGCGGGACAUGCGAUAAAAAGAAAAAGGUGCGAAAAACGAACAUUCGAGAGAAUCGCGAGGGCGUGCGACCGCAAGGAGAACACUCAUCGGCUGGGUGCUCGGGGCGAUGA